CCCAUUUUUUAGACAUAGUUGAUCUCCUAUGUUUGUGAGCUUCUGUAAAGUACAAUUAGGUUUACCAGUUAUUGAAGUUCAUACCUCAAGAAACAUUUGUUGCAUUAAUAAUUAGUUCAUAUAGGAAAAUAGCUCAUCACCGGAGUGGCAAUGGACACAAUACUGGAGCAGCAACGUCGUUAUCAUGAGGAGCGGGAAAGACUUGUUGACUGCCUUACCAAAGAAGCUCUUCACAAGAAAAAUACUAGUCGAGAACAAAUCAACUCGGACCACCGCAUGAAGCUCCUUCUGGACCGGCAUGUGGAGUGUUCAGAGCGGCUGCGUGCCCUGUACGAAGAUGAAGAUGGGCUGCGCAAGGAGGAAGUUGCAGCUUUGUCUGGCCCUAAUGAGAUAGGAGAGUUCUACUCCAGACUCAAACAGAUCAGAGACUUCCACAAGAAACAUCCUAAUGAGAUCAGUGUGCCAAUGAGCAUUGAGUUCGAGGAGCUGCACAAGCUGCGUGAGCAGUCCGACGAAACGGCGGCCAUGGUCGACUUCACUGAUGAGGAAGGCUAUGGCAAAUACUUGGACCUGCACCACUGUUACAACAAGUACUGCAAUAUUAAAGGCAUUGAGAAGAUAAGCUACAUCACGUUCCUGAGCGUGUUUGACCGCCUCCAAGACAUCCCUAAGGACAAGAAGGGCGCGCAGUAUAAGGAUUACCUUUACUCGCUGCUUGACUACUUGUACUCCUACGUGGAGCGCGUGAAGCCUCUACUUGACAUGGGUGAUGAACUCGAAGCUCUUACUAAGGACUUUGAUGAGCAGUGGCAGGCUGGCAAGUUCCCCGGGUGGGCAAAGGAGUCAGGCGGGGCGCUCUCGACUGCGGGAGCCCACUUGGACUUGUCUCCAUUCUCGUCCGCCUCUGAACUCAAGUCCCUAGGGCUCGACAGGCUCAAGUCUGCGCUUAUGGCGCUCAACCUCAAGUGUGGGGGCACUCUUGAAGAGCGAGCACACAGGCUAUUUUUAACCAAAGGCAAGAGCAUCGACGAGCUCGACUCUUCUUUGUUCACCAAGAGCAAAGGCAAAGGCGGCAGCACCACCAAAGGCAAGGAGGCCGAGAAGCACCGAGAAUUGGCCCUCAUGGAGGCUCAAGUGUACCGCCUCUCAGAGAUCCUCGCUGAGCAGAAGGAGGACACCAAAGAGAACGUGCAGAGGAAGCAAGCAAGAAAAGAUGGUGAGGAGGAUGAAGAAGAUGAGGCGUCAGCAAGCGACUCGGACGAUGAGGAAGAUGAAGUUCCAUACAACCCUAAGAAUCUGCCUCUUGGGUGGGACGGCAAGCCUAUCCCUUACUGGCUUUAUAAACUGCAUGGGUUGAACAUCAGCUACACUUGCGAGAUCUGCGCCAACUUCACCUACAAAGGGCCCAAGGCUUUCCAGCGACAUUUCGCUGAAUGGCGACACGCGCACGGCAUGAGGUGCCUCGGUAUCCCCAACACUGCGCACUUCGCUAACGUGACCAGCAUUGAAGAUGCGCUCAAGCUCUGGGAGAAGCUAAAGGAACAGAAGAAUGGCGAGCGCUGGCAAGCUGAGAUCGAGGAGGAGUACGAAGACACGCAAGGCAACGUCUUCAACAGGAAAACAUUCAAUGACCUCAAGAAACAAGGACUGCUCUAGAGAGAUAUUAACCUAAGUGUGCGUGACAUGUAACUGGUAAUUAAAGUAAUGUUCAUAACGUGAAAA